AUGUCCAAUCAAACAACAGUCACCCAGUUCUUCCUGUUGGCAUUUUCUGACCUCCUAGAGCUCCAGAUUUUACAUUUUGUGGUGUUUCUUUCCAUUUAUGUGGCAACUCUACUGGGGAACUUCCUUCUCAUCUUGGCAGUAGCCCAGAAUCCCAAGCUUCAUAGCCCCAUGUAUUUCUUCUUAGUCAAUUUAUCAUUAUCAGACAUUUGUUAUAUCUCUGUCACCAUCCCCAAAUCCAUGGCCAUUUCUUUGACAAGCAAUACACUAAUUUCUUUCUCUGGUUGUGCCAUCCAAGUGCUUUCCGUUGCCUUCUGUGCAACUGCUGAGCUGACCUUUCUCUCUGUUAUGGCUUAUGACCGCUAUGUUGCAAUCUGUCAUCCUCUGCAAUACACAAUGAUCAUGAACUGGAAUGCCUGCUUUCAAAUGGCAGCUGCUGCUUGGAGUGCCAGCAUAAUAAAUUCUGGGGUACAAACUGCAAAUACCUUUAGAUUAUGUUUUUGUGGGUCUACAGUAGCACAAUUUUUCUGUGAUGUACCCCUAUUAUUGAUGCUUUCUUGCACUGAUACAACAGCCAAUAUAUGGUGUAUGGUGGGGUUUGCACUUACUCUGGGAUCAUUUUGCUUCACUUUAAUAUUAUUUUCUUAUGUAUUCAUCUUCUCUACAGUGUUAAAGAUCCAGUCAGCUCAAGCCAGAUACAAAACCUUUUCUACCUGCACUCCACACUUGACUAUAUUUAGUUUGUUCAUUUCUACGAUCGUGUUUUCUUAUUUUAGACCCAAAUCCUUAUCUUCACCAUUAGUGAACCAGCUAGCUGAUGUUUUGUAUGCAGUUUUGCCACCCCUCAUGAAUCCCAUCAUUUAUAGCCUGAGAAACAAAGACAUCCAAGUGGCCAUGCAGAAGCUGUCAAAGAAAGUGUUUGGAUCUUAUUGGAUGUUCCGAUAA